CGUUCAUUCCUAGCGCUCGGCCCCUCGACUCGAAAACCCUCUUUGCGCAGACUUUGUACAUCUGGUACGACUACUUCUCUGUGCCUCAGUCGGAGGAGAAUGCAUGGCACAGCGAAGGCUAUCUUGCCAAGGCCAUCCGAAGUAUUCCUGCUUACGUCGCCAAGUGCACCUUUUUCAUGGCCCUCUGUCCCGUCGUCGAUACCGCGGAAGGAAGAGUCCUGACUCCAGCCACCUGGGGCCGGCGCGGCUGGUGCCGUCUGGAGAGGGCCUGUCGAGAGCUCUCAGCAAAUGGCACUUGGGUGCUGAUUCAAGGAAAGACUCGAAUGCAGCUCCUUGGGACGCCAUUGGCUUUUCCUGCCGGACCUAUUGGGGAGGGCGACUUUUCCGUCGACGAGGAUCGGGUCAAGCUGGCUCCGGUUCUCCAGGAGGCCUUGGUGCAACGAUUGCGCAACUUCCUGAAAGCAGGAGACUUGGUGAGUUACCGAGCCUUGCUGAACUUGCAGGGCUUCUACUUGCGAGGACUUCCUGCCGAACCUGCGACAGACUUUGUCCCUGGCUUUGAGCAGACAGAAGCCGAGGGUAGUUUUCCUCUGGUUGACCAGUUUCUCUACCAGAAUGGCUUCAACUCUGCUCACGAUUCGGACGCCGCUGGACUGACACCGCUCCACUGUGCCGCGCUGGCAGGCAAUACUGCAUUGAUCGAUGAUCUGCUGAAGCUUCGCGCUGAUAUCAACAGCCGGAGCAAGAAAGCUCUGCCCCGCUUUUCACUGAUCCCGCAGAUGUCUGCACUGGAUAUGUGUACCUUCUUCAAGCACAAUGAUGCGGCUCGUCUUCUGCUGGCGCAUGGAAGCAAGACGCAGGGGCCGAUGGGAUCUUGCAUUGUG